AUGAUGAAAAUAUUAAAAAUACCUCUUGAAGGAAUAAUAGGUAUUGUGCUAACUCCUUUGUUAGAUUUUGAAGGAAUAGAAAUAACAAUAUUAUUAAGCAUAAUGAGUGCUAUAUAAAUAGCUGCUAUGUUCUUUUAAAAAUUGAAUGAAAAGUGGUACUUGUAAAUGAAUUUCAUCUAUACAAUGUUUUUUGCUUUAUUUUUUGUGGAAUGUGCAGUGAAACUAUAAAAUAUAUGUGUUUUAAUACUAUAUUUUGUCUGUAUUGAAAUAGGGUUAGAAAGAGUUAACAAAGGAAUAUUACAGAAAUCCACUUUAUUAAUGAAUCAAUAUGCUUUAAUAAGAAUGUGUAAUUGGAAUUCGUAUGAUUUAUAUGCAUUUAUUGGAGGAAUUUCAUUAUUGUUUUUACAUUUGUAUAUAUUGUGGGCUAAUUAAUAAAAGCAAGAUGGAGAAUCUUAGGCAUCAUACAUAAAAUCAUAUGAUAAAUCAAUUUUGAAUAUAGAUUAAACUCCUGAAUAUAAAAAACAAUAAUUCCAUUCAUCAGCUACAAGUUUAUAAUAAGAGGUAUAGGAAUGCUUUCAUUUUUUAAAUUUAAUACCAGAUCCACUCGUUUUGCUUACAACUUAAAAUUUAGCUAUACAUUUUUGUAAUUUAGCUACAUAAGAAUUAUUUAAGAUCAGUGAAAAAUAAAGUUUUAAGUAAUGUUUGGAAUAAUUAUCAGAUGUUGUUUAAACUUAAACUAAACCUGAUAUUAGAGAUCCUAGAGAUUCAUUUCCAUCAUUUUAGAGUUUUUAAUAAACUUUCCAGUAAGGAAAAGUAUCUAAUAAUCGUUAAUCUAAAGAAGAAAUUGAAUUAAAUGUAAUUGAUUUUAUUUAAUUAGUAAAUUCUUUGUGAUUUGAAAAAUAUUAAACCAAACAAAAGAUUUUUUUAGAUCUUAAAGAAUAGCCCUCAUAAUACUGUUUUUAUUGGUAGUUAUUUAGGAAAUUUAUAUGAAAGAGAAGGUUGUGCAGAUUUAGAAUAACCAAAAAAACGUUUAUUAGAGAUCAACGCUCAUGCAACUCUUAUUGAUGAAAAAUUAUUGAUUCUACUUUAAAUUAGAGAUGUUACUCAUAGAGAUUAUAUAAAAUUGAUGAAAAAAUAAUACUAAGUGAAAUCUAGUAUAAUAUCAUUUGUUAGUCAUGAAUAUCGAACUCCACUUAAUUCAAUUAUUUAAUUUAUUUCAGCAUUAUAAGAUGAAAGAGAUCCAAACAUGUAAAGUAAAUACAUCAAAAUAGCAUUACUAAAUUGUAAAUAUUUACUCAAUUUAUCAAAUGAUUUGUUAGAUUUGGCAUUAUUAAAAGUAGGUAAAUUUUCAAUCAAUCCUAUAUAAAUGGAUUUAAAUAAAUUGAUCGAGGAAUGUAUGGAAUUAUUUAAACUUGAAGCACACUUUAAAAAAAUUAAUUUGAUUUUAAAUUAUAAGAAAAGUGUUCCUAGAUUAUUAAACAAUGAUCCUAAUAGAAUUAGGUAAAUUAUCAUUAAUCUACUUGGAAAUGCUUUUAAAUAUACAUUAUAAGGUUUUAUUGAAAUUAGAGUUUCAAAUUAUCUUAACAGUUUACUGAAAAUAGAGGUUCAUGAUACUGGUCUUGGAAUCAAAGAAGAACAUAAAGAUAGAUUAAUAUAGGCUUUUGCAAAAGUUGAAGAUUCCGAAAGUAAAAAGUUAAAUCCACAAGGUAUUGGAUUGGGGUUAAUUAUCAGUAAUAUGAUUGCAAGAAAUUUGAGUUCCAAUGAAAAAGGAUUAUAAUUUUAAUCUGAAUAUUAGAAUGGCUCAUCUUUUUGGUUUUAUAUUUCAAAAAAUAUCUAAGAAUCAGAAAUUUAAGAAGAAUAAGAUGAUAUACAGGAAGAAAGUCCAGAAAGAAGAUAAUCAUUAUGGAGAUACAAUGAUAUCAAAACAUAACAUUUAAAUAAAUGUUAAUGUGCUAAUAUUUUAAUAGUUGAUGACAAUGCGUUCAAUAUAGAAGUUCUAAAAUUUUUAAUUUUAAAGAUAAAUUCUUCACUCAAAUUAGAAUAUUCUUUAGAUGGUCAUAGUGCUAUCUAAAUGGUAAAAUAAAAUAGAUGCAAUAAAUGUAAUGGAUAUGAUUUGAUAUUCAUGGAUAUUGAUAUGCCUACAAUGAAUGGAAUUUAAGCUACUUCUAUAAUUAAGUAAUAAUAUCCUUAAAUUUAAAUUAUUGGAUGUUCAGCAUAUGCAAAGUAAGAAGAAGAAAGUUUAGCAAUUUAAAAUGGAAUGAAUGGAUAUUUAGUUAAACCAGUAUAAAUAGAUUAGCUUAAAAACUAUUUAAAAAUAGAACUUUGA